AUGCAAACGAACAACGGAUAUGGCAGAAGUCAGCUGAGUGCGAAACUCGCCAGCGAAGUCGAAAAGCGUUUACUUCACAUCGGGAUUGGCACAAGAGAUAUUCUGCAAGGAUAUGCCAGUGCAGUGGAUUGCUUAAGGAGAUUAGACCCCACUUGUGUGAUCAUGCAACAUAUCUGUACUGUUAUACGCACUUAUAUCAAACAACGCCCGGACACAGUCCGUUCGAUAAUCACUUACAUAACGGGCGAGAAGCGUGAAGAAUUAAGUGAACAAUUGGCCGUGAAACGAGCAGCGAUAGUGGAUGAGGAGGAUAUGGCUGGUGUGAACGAUGAUUUGAUUGGCUUGGACGAUGAGAAUGAGCAGAACUGGCGUGAGUGGCAACCCGAUCCACCGGACGCGAUUCCGGGUCAAAGUCGACGUUUCAGACAGAAUGCGGAUGUGUUCAAUAUGUUGGUAUCUGUAUAUGGCAGUAAGGAGCUGUUCGUAAAAGAGUAUCGACAGCUAUUGGCCGAAAGACUGACGAAAUCGUGGAAUAGAGAUCCGUUGUUCGAACUUCGAUACCUGGAAUUGUUGAAGCAACGAUUCAGCGAAGGUGAACUGCAACAGUGCGAAGUGAUGCUGAAGGAUAUGCGCGAUUCGGAUGUGGUUGAUCGUUGGGUGCGGAAUAAUCUGGUGAGUGCAUUUGUACUUGAGCUGAACUGA